UCCAGUAUGUGAAACUAGGCUGGCACCACAGUCUCGGCUGAUAAGCUAUUUACUUUAAGUUUGCCCGUGCUCAUUUCUUCUGUAUGUCCGUAGAACAGCACUUGCAAAAAUGCAUCAUCAUCAUAUUGUGACAUGUAUGACCAUGUUUUUGUUUGCUUUGCUUGAAGCAGUGCAUGGACAUUUUGCAUAUGUUCUAUCUCGCUGCCGUGUACUUGGCUCACUAGAAAACGUUGAGUUCAUCUUCUCAGUUAACUACAACAAGGCUGAACUGAUAAGAUUCAACAGCACUGAGAAUAAGGUUGUUGGUUACACUGAAUAUGCAAUGAAAUGGGCAGAUGAUUUUAAUAAACGACAAGAGUGGCUACAUGAGGAGGGAGAAAGAAAUGUGGCAAACUGCAAGAGCUAUGGAGCAAUAUUUCACUAUCUGUCCCAAAAAACAAUAAAACCAGAAGUCAGUAUCCAAUCAGUAAGGCAGGCCAGUGGUAAACAACCAGCCAUGCUGAUAUGCAGUGCUUAUCGAUUUUACCCCAAACACAUUAAAAUAUCCUGGAUGAGAGAUGGUGAGGUGAUAAAAUCAGAUGUGACCUCGACUGAAGAGCUGGCUGAUGGAGACUGGUAUUAUCAGAUCCACUCCCACCUGGAAUAUUUCCCAAAACCUGGAGAGAAGAUCAGCUGUGUAGUGGAGCACGCCAGCUCCAAUAAACCCAUCAUCUACCAAUGGGAUUCCUCUCUGCCUAAGUCUAGUAAAAAAGAGAUCAUUACUGGGGCUGCAGGUCUUGUGUUGGGAAUAAUUAUGACUGUUGGAGGACUCAUCUACUAUUUAAGAAAACGCACAGCACAUGUUAUAGCAGCUGUAGGUCAGGACACCAGAUUCACUCAACCUCUACAAACACUGGUUGACGAUGACCAGUAGAUGGACACUAAGUUACGGUGUUACACCACAGACAUUAAACAUGAUGAAUAAGGUCUCAUAGGUCUUUAAAAAGAAUUAUUCUUGUUUAGAAAAAGAAAUAAUGACAAGGAACUAGUGGAAAACCUUUGGUUGUGUUUAUUUUGCACAUAAGCCGUACAUAAAAGAAAUGUAAACCACUGUGUUUUUGUCCAAUGACAUUUCAGAUAGGACAUAAAUGCUUGAGAUUCGUACAAUAGAGCUCUUUGACUUGUUAGUUAAACAAAUAUAUACCGUAUAUAAAGCCUAUAUAUGAAAUGUUUUGUUUUUGUUUUAUAAGAAUUAAUUAAUUUUAUGAUUAUUUCUCAUCCUUUUACAAUGUUAGGUCAAAAUAUGUACCACAGUCAAUGGGGCAGUACCCUUUCAAAGGUCCCAAUAUGUACCAUUGGGUAUAGAUAUGUAUACAUGUGGUACCACUAUGUAUCUUUGAGAAUUUAAGAUUAUCUUAAAAAUAUCUAUAUUUUUUAAAAGGCAUAA